CCUGAAUGUCCCCUGCCAAAUCACACGACCCGCCGGCGACUUUACCCGACGACCUCCAAGUACUGCGCGUCGUCGGGGGUGUGCUACCUGCAGAUCGUGACGUCGGGGUCGAACCCGACGUUCCGCAUCGCCAUCCCCGACGGCGCGGCGGCGCCCUUCGACACGCUGCUGCAGAUCAUCGCGCCCGUGUCGCUCGGCUGGGCCGGCUUCUCGUGGGGCGGCGGCAUGACGCUGAACCCGCUCACCGUGGCCUGGCCCAACGGGAACAAGGUGACCGUGUCGUCGCGGUGGUCCAACGGCCGCACACUGCCCGGCCUGUACAGCAGCGCGACGUACAAGACGCUGAGUUCGUCCAAGAACGCGACGCACUGGGCCGUCGAAGUAGCCUGCACGGGGUGCAGCCGGUGGAGCGGGGGCUCGCUGACCACGAGCGGCAGCAUUAACACGUUUGCGUGGGCCAUGAGCCGGACGGCGGUGGCGCAGCCGGCGAGCACGGGCAGCAGCUUCUCCAUCCACAACAACGUCGGCAUGUUCUCAGACGACCUCAGUGCUGCCAAGACGCCGUCGAGUGUGUUUUCGCAGUACAUCAAGAGCGCGGCGAGCUCUUGA